AAACACUAGCACGCAGUAACAUUACACAUCUCCCAACAGGAAGACAUAUUUCAAAGGUUUUGAUCUGUGUAUUGAUGUUUAUGGUGAACAGGUGUGCUGCUUUGAAAACCACAUGCAGUGUGUGUCUGUCUUUAUCUUGAUUCCAACACUGUAAAGAGCUUUUAUUGUGAAGGACCCAGGGAGGAGAAAGUCUUUUUAUUGGUGCACAGAGUAACGGAUCUGUUUCUGAGAGCGGUCGGUGAUUUCAGCUGUCAGUGAGGAUCAACGGGACUGCUACAGAGGAUGAAGAGGAUGAUGAAGAUCGUGCUCCUCUUAAUCGGUGUGUGUGUGCUGCUGCUGUUUGCACCGACUGUUUCUGCAGUGUCUCUGUCUGUCAGUCCAAACCUUCAGCAGGUCUUCAGUGGAUCUUCAGUGUAUCUGAGUUGUGUUGAUGAUGGACAGACAGCUGAUGGAUGGACAGUGAAGAGGACCAGAGGAGGACUCACUGAGGUCUGUGGAGCAGCUGCAGGCUUUGGGAGGCUUCUUGGUUCCUACUGUGUUGUUAAUGUUUCUGCUCCCAGUGAAACCUUCUGGUGUGAGGACUCCUCUGGACAGCAGAGUGACAGAGUCUCCUUCAGUGUCCAAUCAGACACUACAGAUAAAGAUGUCAUCCUGGAGAUCCCUGCACUUCCUGUGAGGACAGGAAGUGAUGUCAUUCUGCGCUGCAGACAGAGGAAUGGUGCCACAGUCGCAGCUUAUUUCUUCAUCAAAGGAAGUUCUGUUGGUCAUAAACCAGAGCACAUCAUCACCAUCAUCCAGCAGGCUGAUGAAGGUCUCUACUGGUGUACUACUGAUCAGGGUGGAAAGUCUCCUCAGAGCUCUGUGAGGGUCAGAGAUCCUCCUACAAUCAUCCAUCCUCCUCCUCCAAGCACCUCCACAAACUUUGCUCCUCUUACUUGUCCUCCCUCUCCUCCUCUCCCAGCAUCCACCUGUCCACCUCCUCCUCCUCCUUCCUCUCUCGUGGUCCCAGUUGUAGCAGGUCUGGUUUCUGGGCUUCUCCUGGUUCUGGUUCUGGGUUUGGUUCUGUUCCUCUGCUGGAAACUCAAAGGAACAGGAGCCAUGAAGAGGAACGUCUGACUGCUGAAGAAACAGUCUGAGGAGGAGGAGGAGCUGGUGAUGAAGAGCAGCCUGUGUGUAUAUACAGUAUCUGUUGUGUAUUCAGCCCUGAGGAAGAUGAAGGUGCAGCUUUG